CUCAGCGUCGGCCGCCAUUUUGUGCAGUCGCUGGGAAGGAAGGAGACGCCUAAACCGCGGCACUGCCGGGUUUGAGCGUAGCCAAACCUACCCACUGCUUCUGUAACCCCGAUUCUCUGUGUUUUGCUCCCGUCUCCGACGAGAGAGGCGGCGACGGUGGCGUCUGCGACGGGAGACAGCGCGUCGGAGCGAGAAAGCGCCGCGCCUGCCGCCGCCCCAACAGCGGAGGCGCCGCCGCCAUCGGUCGUCACUAGACCGGAGCCGCAGGCCCUCCCGAGCCCGGCCAUCCGUGCCCCGCUCCCAGAUCUCUAUCCAUUUGGGACCAUGCGCGGAGGCGGCUUUGGGGACCGGGACCGGGAUCGUGACCGUGGAGGGUUUGGAGCAAGAGGCGGUGGUGGCCUUCCCCCGAAGAAGUUUGGUAAUCCUGGGGAGCGUUUACGUAAAAAGAAGUGGGAUUUGAGUGAGCUCCCCAAGUUUGAGAAGAAUUUUUAUGUUGAACAUCCAGAAGUGGCAAGGCUGACUCCGUAUGAGGUUGAUGAACUACGCCGAAAGAAAGAGAUUACAGUGAGAGGAGGCGAUGUUUGUCCUAAACCUGUGUUUGCCUUCCAUCAUGCUAACUUCCCACAAUACGUAAUGGAUGUGUUGAUGGAUCAGCACUUCACAGAACCAACUCCAAUUCAGUGCCAGGGAUUUCCCUUGGCUCUUAGUGGCCGGGAUAUGGUGGGCAUUGCUCAGACUGGCUCUGGGAAGACAUUGGCGUAUUUGCUGCCUGCUAUUGUUCAUAUUAACCACCAGCCUUACUUGGAAAGAGGAGAUGGCCCAAUUUGUCUAGUUCUGGCUCCUACCAGAGAACUUGCCCAGCAGGUACAGCAGGUGGCUGAUGACUAUGGCAAAUGUUCUAGAUUGAAGAGCACUUGCAUUUAUGGAGGUGCUCCUAAAGGUCCCCAGAUUCGAGACUUGGAGAGAGGUGUCGAGAUCUGUAUAGCUACUCCUGGCCGCCUGAUAGAUUUCCUGGAGUCAGGAAAGACAAAUCUUCGCCGAUGUACUUACCUUGUACUGGAUGAGGCUGACAGAAUGCUUGACAUGGGCUUUGAACCCCAGAUUCGUAAAAUUGUUGACCAAAUCAGGCCUGAUAGGCAGACAUUAAUGUGGAGUGCAACCUGGCCAAAAGAAGUAAGACAGCUUGCAGAGGAUUUCCUUCGUGAUUACACCCAGAUCAACGUAGGCAAUCUGGAGUUGAGUGCCAACCACAACAUCCUCCAGAUUGUGGAUGUCUGCAUGGAAAGUGAAAAAGACCACAAGUUGAUCCAACUCAUGGAGGAAAUAAUGGCUGAAAAGGAAAAUAAGACAAUAAUAUUUGUAGAGACGAAAAGACGCUGUGAUGACCUCACUCGAAGGAUGCGCAGAGAUGGUUGGCCAGCUAUGUGUAUCCAUGGAGACAAGAGUCAACCAGAAAGAGAUUGGGUACUUAAUGAGUUCCGUUCUGGAAAGGCUCCCAUUCUCAUUGCCACAGAUGUAGCCUCCCGUGGGCUAGAUGUGGAAGAUGUCAAGUUUGUGAUCAACUAUGACUAUCCAAACAGUUCAGAGGAUUAUGUGCACCGUAUUGGCCGAACAGCCCGUAGCACCAACAAGGGCACCGCCUAUACCUUCUUCACCCCAGGGAACCUAAAGCAGGCCAGAGAGUUGAUCAAAGUGCUGGAAGAGGCUAAUCAGGCUAUCAAUCCAAAACUGAUGCAGCUGGUGGACCACAGAGGAGGCGGCGGAGGAGGGGGUAAGGGAGGUCGUUCUCGAUACCGGACCACUUCUUCAGCCAACAAUCCCAAUCUGAUGUAUCAGGAUGAGUGUGACCGGAGGCUUCGAGGGGUCAAAGAUGGUGGCCGGAGAGACUCUGCAAGCUAUCGGGAUCGUGGUGAAACCGAUAGAGCCGGUUAUGCUAACGGUAGUGGCUAUGGAAGUCCAAAUUCUGCCUUUGGAGCACAAGCAGGCCAAUACACCUAUGGUCAAGGCACCUAUGGGGCAGCUGCUUAUGGCACAAGUGGUUACACAGCCCAAGAAUAUGGUGCUGGCACUUACGGGGCCAGUAGCACCACCUCAACUGGGAGAAGUUCACAGAGCUCUAGCCAGCAGUUUAGUGGGAUGGGCCGGUCUGGGCAGCAGCCACAGCCACUGAUGUCACAACAGUUUGCACAGCCUCCGGGAGCUACCAAUAUGAUAGGUUACAUGGGGCAGACUGCCUACCAGUACCCACCCCCUCCUCCUCCCCCUCCUCCUUCACGUAAAUGAAGCCACUCAGGUGGUAGUGACUUGUGCAGACUUGACUACAUUUAAAGGAACGCUAUCUUUUCCUUUUUUUCUUCUUCCCUUUUUCUUUCUUUUUCUUUUUUAAUUUUUUUUCCCAACCAUUGUGAUUUGUCUUUCAUGCAGAUUAGUUAGAAUUCACUGCCAGGUUUUUUCUGCCUGCCAAAAUGAUCCAGUCUGUAAUAACAGAUUUUGUAAAAGUAUAUAUAUAUGUAUAGCCGACUGGAAGAGAUUUUUCCCCCCAGCUUCUUGCAUGUUGAGGAUGUUUGAGCUAUUUUUCAUCUUUAAAAGAAAAAGUAAGGUGUUAGGCCCUUUUGUGGGAGCCCAUUUUUUGUUGUCCUGAGUUACGGUCGGGGGGGGGGGAGGGUAGAGGGUUGAAUUCUGCAGAAGAAGACGGCAUCUGUGCUUUAAAUUGCUCUCGUUACUGGAAUAGAAAACCAAGAGGGAGUUCCCUGCACAUUUUCUGUAAUGCUUUUUAAUGUUUUUUCAAGCUGGAACAGGGUUCCUCAGGCCUGAUGAGUUUUUAAGACAGUGCUUUGCCAUUGUCAUUUUGGCUGAUUGCUUGUUAAAUGCAUUUGACAGUUUUUUUAAAAAUUCCUAAUUGGCUUUGUCUCCCUUACACUCUGCCUUCCCCCUUCCCAAUUACUGAAAAAUAACCAUUUUAAUUGUCAGGUUAGAAAUUAAAUUGCUGAGUCUUGAGUUUUUUUAAGUGUAUCCUUUAAAUUAAAAAUCCCAAAUGUUUAUUGUCAUGGUUAAAUGUAGCAUCUCCGCAUCUGGGUGGAAGCUGCCUAUUUUUCUUCCCCAUGUUACCAGGGACCAUCUGUGAAAUUCAUUUUCCAACCAGACAGCUGCUGUGAGCAGAAUGAACAUAAAUGCUCAUUGGAAAUUUAUGAACCAGUUAAAUAUGCAUUCACCUGCAGAGUGAGAACCACGUUUAAUUAUAAACAGUAUAGUCCGUGGGCAGGUUUUCUUUUUAAACUCAGUAUUUGUAGAGCUAGAGUAAAAGCAACCCUUUGCCAGCUACUCAGCCCUUUUGGCCAAGUUAUCUUGAAGGGUCUUAGGGUUUAUUAAGAACUCUUACUCUCUGCAUACUCCCGUUCUCUGCAGUGCUUGUAACAGCUUUUGGGUGCAGAUUUUCCUCAGCAUCCUUUUGCACUCAGCUUUUUACAGGUAGGUAGUGGACUAAAGUCCAAGUCCUUUUACUUUUCCUCCACCUGAAAGGUAGGUGAGAUUGUCCCCUUCAUAGUAAUACCAACCGUUUUACUGAGACUUCAUAUAGCAGAUGGGCCUGGAAAGAAUUUUCUGCUCUUGUGUUCACUGUAACAGGACAGGGAGAUCAGACAGCCUCAGAAAUCUCUUCGUAUCUAGUGUGGGACUUAAUUUUUUAAUACUGUUAUUGAUAUUGUUCAUUCACAGUGUAGUUAAAGGGGGGAGCCU